CUCCAAAUCCCACGGCAGCGCCACACGAGGGAUCUUCAGCUGUCAUCUCGCCUCUCAUCGCCCCUGGUCGCGUGGAAGUAUUGGGGCAGCUCUGACUCGCGAGUGGGUGUGGGCGGGCCGCUCGCCACAUUGGGCUGGCUGGGCGGCCGAUCGAAGGGCAUCGCUGACGCGCUCUCCGUCUCGUAAUACAACGGGGCCACCUCACUGAACAAAUGAGAGGACGGACAACACGACAAUGGGAGAUGUGCAGAGGGUGUGUGUGGACUGAGGUGUGGGUUACAAGCUGACCGCUCUUGGCGCUUGAUGAAGUUAUCCGUCACCCAAUACUGCAGACAGACAGACACAGACACAGAGAGAGAGAGGGCUGGGUCGGUGAUCGCCCCUCUGACCUCUGCCAUUUUGUGCCGUUUGCCUGGAAUGCGUUCAUAAUGAGUGGCGUCAGCACCAUCACCACCACGAGCUUCCCCUUGGGCAGCCCAUCCAGCGGAGAUAACAACGUGUCGGCCAGCCAACCUGAUCAUCACACAGACACACACUCGUCAGCCGACCAAGAUGCAGUGGCCGCCGUCCCUCUAACCGAGCGGUGCGCUGGCGGCGAGCAUGAGCAUCAGCAUGAGCAUCUUCAUGGCGACAACAAUCGCCUCCCACAGCCCCAGCUGACGCAGCCACUUGCGCCAGUCGACGGACGACAGCAGCGACGGCCCGCCGCCCUCCCCCCGCGCCUCCCCGCCGACCAGCCCCCUCCUCGGCGACAGUGAGUGCUCGUCGGGGGCCGCCCUGCCGUGAACAAAGAGAUCGGACGGCACAUCCUGACGCACGUAAUUCCCAAACUCCUGUGGCAAACACACACACACACGCACUGGUUAGGAAGUGCUGUGUGUGCUGCCCGCUCGUGUGUGAGUUACUCUGUCGCCCGAGAGGUGGAGGAGUUUCCUGGCCUGCUGCAGCAGCAGAUAGGUGACCAACACACCCAAUGUCGUGUCGACCAUUAUGUUCACCCAAUACCUGCAGCACACAACCACAGCCACAGAGGCCACUGAUGCCUCUCUCUCUCUCCGUGUGAUGUCCGCUGUCAGUCCGGCCGCCCACCAGUUGCAGGGGUCAUGGUGUGGCUGCCGCGCCAGGCCGGACAGACCCUCAGCAAACAACAGAUUCACUGCACACAGGACAACAAAGGCGCUCACUGAUUGGAGAUGUCACCACACACAGCCGUCUGUCCACUUACAGAGAUGGAGAGUGAGUGCGCCGGCCGCCUGUUUGCUCGAGUCGAGGCCGAAGACCAGCCAGCUGCGCUUCACACGCUCCUGCACACAACAGCAGCACAGCCCACAGAUCAGAGGCCAAUGUGCGAUGGCGUGUGGACGACUGUGCUGACCCGCUGCCUCUUGAUGAUGAGCGAUGAGAAUGAGAUGAGGCCCAGCAGCCCCUGCACCCACCACCCAAAGCUGCCGAACCGACCCAGCAGCUCACACCGCUCCGAAGUGGCCAUGCUGCACUCAAACCGAUAGAUCUUUCAAUCCAUC